GCUUUUCGAGAGCUCGUCGACAGGAAAAUCCCUCAUUCGUUCCUUCAUCUUUUUGCGACAUGCGUGCAGUUCCCGGCAUGCGCCACGGCAUUCAUGCCAGCGUGCCGGUGUGUUGAAAUUCACGUGCUCCAAUCUCACACCAUGGCAAGCUGUCUUGCGCCGGUGAGCGAUGCGCCAGCCGAAAGAUGAUUCUUCCCUGGUGAAGCGCGGCGGGGUGCAGUUUCCCACUUUUGUUCCACUUGCUUCCCCGAUUCACGUCCUACAUUGUCCAGUAACUUUCAAUUUCGUAUGAUUUUGUCGCGCAUCAUACUAGGUCCGCAACGUUCCGCCGUUUUCCCUUGCAGCCUCCCGUCCCUUGUGCAGCCGGUGCAAUCGAGCUUGCCGCGUUCCGCGCGCCCGAAGCCAGCCGUUGUCGCAAUCGAGGUCGAGACCUUGGGAAACCCUGCGCAGAAAAGCGAGGAAACGAGACAAAAUGGCAACGCCGUUUCUCCCCCUUGACUCAGGCCUGCGCCUGGUGGAACCCAGUGGAAAGCUGACAGUUCCCGAGGGUACCCUGGUGUGGAAUUUGAACCAGGCGUGCGACUCCAAGGGCUGGGGUGGCGUCUCCCCCGACGUUGCACUGAGACUUACCUCUUUCAGCGACGGCCGGUUGCAGGCUUUGGACUCUGUCGAUGGCCGGUCUGCUCCGCCCGAGUUCACAGACACCGUCACGGGGCAGUACGACGUGCGCACGUGGCGGAAAGGCGGGAUGUGUCUGUCAAUCGAAGGCGAGAAGGCCGUAUACCUCAAGGUGCCGACGAUCUCUACGGUUGUAUCGUGGACGUCUCCCGAGCGUCUGCCCGUGCUCACGAAGUCGUGGAGGCCAUCCGUUUUCCUGCUCAACGCAUGCUACAUCGCCGUCAGGUACAUUCCAGAGUCUGUCCUGAUUCUGACUCGGCCUGACGAGAACUCGACUGCCUGGAACGUCACCCCUGUGAGCUACGGACGCGGCUUCUGCAGCCUCGAUCCAUGCAAUGAGACCGUUGUGUCCUACGGUUCCUUCUCAAUUCCCGAGGCCGUCCACACCCUCGCUCUGCCGCAGCAGCCGGGACCGUCGAAGAACGACUUCUUCAUCGAGUACUUUCCCUGGGGCCUCCUGAUCAUUCCCAAGCACAUUGACAUCUGCAAGAGUGGGCUAUGCGGAGGCGGGAACUCGAAGCUCGCGAUGGUUAUUCACCCUCCCAACAUGUUCAUCACGGUGCAGUUGCAGUUUCCUUCGAAAAUGGCCAAGUCCCUGCAGUACGAAACCGACUUUGUCCUCACCGCGAAGAAAACGAGUGAAUCGGACAUCGUCGUAUACCUGGUCAUGGAUGGACAGCUGGUCUGCUACAAUUACUCCUUCGACAUCCGUAUCAACAAGCCCGGCAAGCCGCACGUCAACGUCGUCGCGAAAUUCAAGACUUUCUUCUCUGCUGAAGAACUCGCAAAAAUAAAGGCGGCGAAGGCAGACAAGCAGGCCUACGUCCCUCGCGUCACAUUCGCAGAAAACGACACCCAGAAAGUCAUUGUGCGUGAAGGAUCCCCUCUGUCGCAAGGCCAUCUCCUCACCGAACAGACCGCUGCCGUCUAUGAUGCCGAAACAGGGAUGUACUAUUCUAACCCGAUCGGCAUGAAGCUGACGAAGGUUUUCAGGGAAAUCGUUGCCCCGGCUCCGAAAGGCAUGCCAGAGAAAUCGGUCCCAGGUGCCUCAGAGGCAGCGCCCUCUCAAGCGACGAAUGCGCAGCCUGCAGGUGAGACUGCUGUCGCUCCCAGUGCUACGUCUGGCUCCCCGGAGCCUGCCGCUGAGGUCACAGCUGCUCCUGCCACUUCCGAACCUGAAGCUGAGGCCACAGCCGCUCCCGCUGCUCCCACUGUCGCUACGGGAGAGCAUGCUGCAGAGUCUAGCGACGCCUCUGCUGCUGCUGCUUCCCCUGAGGCUGCUGCCGCUCCUGCCACCCCUAAGGAAGAGCCUGCAGCUGAGGCUAGUGCCGCUCCCGGUGUUGCUCCUGCUGCCCCUGAGGAAGAACCCAUAGUGGAUGCUGGCGCCGCUCCUGCCUCUCCGAAGGGACAGCCUGCACCUGAGACUAGUGCCGCUCCCAACGCGACAGCCACUGCGCCUGAGGAGGGAGCAAAUAAGCCACAGGAAGCAGCUCCAGUAAGUGACAAGGUCACCCCGACAGAGGCUCAAGCAGAGGAGACCAAGAAACCCGCGGAGUAGAGUGGUGUAUACAGCAAUGCCACUAAGUUCGAGCACCUUUCGUGUACUGUGGUGCACGAGUGUUUGAUUGAUUUUCCAAGGAGAUGAAACUACAAACUCUCAGCCAAUUUGAAGCUCGUGUGCACGUCCGGUUGAUUAUACUGAAGUUUUUUCUCUUCCGUGGGCAGUGUCAGGUCAUGGGACGGCCGUUCGUCGUGUGCGGCGUUUGGUAUUGAAAGGCACUUGACAGAAGCCUUUCCCUAUGACUGGCAUAUGGCUCUCCCCCUAAAGGCUUUGUCUCUUAAAGGACGUUAAAAAACAGUGAUAGUGUAUGGAUUUACUCGCGGCCCGACACUCUGGUGCACGAACGUGGUAAUGCUCCAGGAGGACCUGCUCGAUGUAUAGGCAUCUCCGUUGCGGAGACAUAUUCCUCCCAGAAGGACUCUUCGCCUACUUUUUCUGCUCC